AUGACUUUCCAAAAUCGGUCCUCUUUCCUGGGUAUGCCAAUCGGUCGCGACUUUAUUCGUCCUCUCCAAGACAAUCACAACGACACUCGAUUUGAUCGCAUUUUCGUCGGCGCCACUCCGAUUUCCCAAGACACCUCCUCCUUGAUGAUCCCGAAAAGCGGCCUCUCCAAGCCUCCGAUGACUACGACUUUGCUUUCUAUCUCUGGAGUAUUCGGCGCAUCUAUUCCUCGCGAUGACAAGUCUGGCCGACCAGGCGAGUGCAACAUGCCUUCCGACAUCUUGACCGCUCUACGCGUUUGUAGCGAGACUCGAGUACAGAUCACCUUUCAACAUCUUGACCGUUCGGCGCAUGUCGAGUAA